AUGAACCAAACAAAUCUGUUCAAGCCGGAAUCAGAAUUGAAUAACUCAACGAUGGGUGAGCGAAGCAGCCCACUGAAUAUUCUUUCAUUUAGUUUCUUGCUGAUGAUCAUGUUGAUGACUUUAUUUGGAAAUACACUUGUUAUUCUCGCCUUUAAAAAGAACUCCAAGAUUCGCACAGUCACAAAUUACUUUGUAGUAUCUUUAGCCGUAGCUGAUAUCUUGGUGGCAAUAACAUCCAUGCCGAUUUGGGCUGCAUAUCCCUUGUUCGGGGCACGACUUAAAGAAAGUAUUCUUAAAAUCUGGACUUUUAUGGAUAUUCUCUGCGGGGUGGCUUCUAUAACAAACUUGACUGCAAUAAGCAUCGAAAGGUACGUUUGCAUAGCUUAUCCAUUUGAUUAUCAGAUCACAGUGACAUCACGGAAGGCAAUACUUAUCUUGAUCAUCAUUUGGUUAUUUUCUGUUCUGAUGUCCUCGCUCAAGAUUGUACUAUGGGAGGUACCUCCACCGAAAUACGAACUUGCAGUCGUAAUAAGCUGUUUUUUCAUACCACUGUUAAUCAUGUGUAUAUUCUAUACCUGCAUCUUCAGGACUGUACGCUUUCAAAUUCGCCAAAUCUCGUUGGCGACGAACGUGAACAUGAAAAGAUUUCGUUUAGCGUCAGAGCUGCGCGCCGCGAAAACAAUAGCCGUUGUGAUAGGCGCGUUUGUCGUUUGUUGGGGCCCUUUCUUUAUUUUAAAUACAGUUUAUGGAUUUUGUAAUGGAUGUGUCCCAGCAGUAACAAUAGUUGUGGCAAAAUGGAUGCAUUACACAAACUCCGUGCUGAAUCCCAUUCUAUACGCCUGCAUGCAUAAAGAGUUCAGGAAGGCAUUUUUCGUCACAUUACUUGGAAGGAAACGUGUUUUUCGCCGAAGAGGAAUGGAAAAAUCCUCCUCAAAUGGAACAGAACUCGUCCAGUUCUGA